UGGCGCUGGCCGUCAUGGCUGCUCUGCGAAGUGCGGCGGUGGAGCUGGGCUUCGCCGAGGAGGCGCCCGCGUGGCGGCUGCGCAGCGAGCAGUUCCCCAGCAAGGUGGGCGGGCGGCCGGCGUGGCUGGGCGCGGCGGGGCUGCCGGGGCCCGGGGCCCUGGCCUGCGGGCUCUGCGGCCGGCCGCUGGCCUUCCUGCUGCAGGUGUACGCGCCGCUGACCGGCCGCGCCGACGCUUUCCACCGCAGCCUCUUCCUCUUCUGCUGCCGCGAGCCGCCGUGCUGCGCCGGCCUGCGAGUUUUCAGGAAUCAGUUACCUAGGAAAAAUGACUUUUACUCAUACGAUCCUCCUCCUGAGGAUCCUCCCCCAGGGACAGGCGAUUCUGUGUGUCUCCAGCUGAAGUCGGGCGCCCACCUCUGCAGAGUGUGUGGGUGUUUAGGCCCCAAGGCCUGCUCCCGAUGCCACAAGGCCCAUUACUGCAGCAGGGAGCAUCAGGCGCUGGACUGGAGGAUGGGACAUAAGCAGGCUUGUGCACAGCCAGAUCAGUUGGACCAUAUAGUUCCAGACCACAAAUUCCUUUUUCCAGAAUUUGAAAUUGUAAUAGAAACAGAAGAUGAGAUAACGCCUGAAGUUGUGGAAAAGGAAGAUGACUCUGAGAUUGUAGAGAGCAUGGGAGAAGCACUUGAGGAAGAACUAGAUUCCAUGGCAAAGCAUGAAUCCCAGGAGGAUAAAAUUUUCCAGAAAUUUAAAACUCAGAUAUCUGUUGAACCAGAACAGAUUCUCAGGUAUGGCAGAGGUAUUACCCCCAUCUGGAUUUCUGGUGAAAAGAUCCCUCAAGAAAAGGAUAUUCCAGAUUGUCCCUGUGGUGCCAAGAGAAUACUUGAAUUCCAGGUCAUGCCACAGCUGCUGAACUACCUGAAGGCCGACAGCCUGGGCUGCAGUGUUGACUGGGGCGUCCUGGCCAUCUUCACUUGUGCCGAAAGCUGUAGCUUGGGCAGUGGCUAUGCAGAGGAGUUUGUUUGGAAGCAGGAUGUCACAGACACCCCUUAAGGACAUCCCAAGCCUCAUAGGUGUCACGUGUCUUCUGUAGCUUCCAGUUCUAAGGCUCAGCUUUGUCCUAAGGAAAGGAUUAAACUAGAAAUAGAGGACCCAAGGAGUUGCCUGAAUAUCAGUGUAACAAAAAUGUCCUGUUUUAGGGAAUUAAAUAAAUUUUAGUACAUCUACAAGGGAAGAUAUUACAAUCUUCAUGAUACACACCUAUGUGGAUACCAAAUAAGAUACAGAUCUAAAUUGACACCAAGACACCAUUAGAGGGGACAUUGUGAAAAAUUAUUUACAUAUGUAUAUGUGCGCAGACAUGUCUAGUCACCAAUGAAUGGCAGGAUGAAGUGAACUGUCUUUACUUGUAUGUACAUUUAUUUCUACGAUUAAAACAGGUUAUGUCUCUAACAACCAAAUUUUCUCAGUCUGAGCAUUUUUUUCCCCUAAAUUUACAAAGUUAAAGAGAAAAAUAUUGGAGGUGGCUUCCAAGAUGGUGGAGUAGGGAGGGAGCUUACUGCUAUAGUCUAGAAGAUUUUAAAAAGUGGAGAGAGUGUAGUUUCAAGGAAGAGUUAGGGAGAAAAUGGCAGAGGAAACUCUACACAAAUUAGACACGGGGGACCUAUGUGGAGGGUGUGGAUGCCCACAACACAGGACCCCAGCAGCCAAGAGCUUCCACUACUGCAUUGGAGAGUGAGGUGAGACCAGCAGCCCUAGCCACUGGCGAUAAAGCUGCAGGAAGAACAUAGAGGGAACCUGGCUUGGAGCCCCAUGGGGGAUAGUGUACCUGACUGAAGUAGCACCUUGACAGUAGGGACUCCAUUUUGGAGAACCUAAGACUCCAUUCUGGGAGGUGCCCCCCCACACCAUGAGACUCUGGUCUGAAACUAUGAUCUAAAACAGUUAAACAAUAGCAGUCUACUACAUCACACUUGGCAGAGCAUAGAAACCCCCAGCAUGAUCACUCAAGCUUGGAAGUGGAUAGGCUACACCUGGGUUAAUAAUGAAAAUGUAAUUUGUCUAUGUCCUACAUAUGAUUAAAACCAAUACCUGGAUUAAUGUCAAGAUUAUAAUUGGAAUUGUUAAGAUUGUAACUGGUAUUGUCAAGAUUAUAAUUGAUACUAGUUUCACAUAGGUUUUAGGUCAGCUUGACCCCAGUAACCAUGUAUUCCCCGCGAUCCUAGCAACCAUGUAUUCCCCUCCUGAUUUUGUGGUUUUUGCCUUUAUAAACCCUGUUGCUUUGGGCUUCAGGGUCAAGAGUUCUUUAGGGCAUGAGCCCACUCUCCACCGCUGGCAAUAAAGGACCAUCAAAUUUGAUCAAUGUGUGG